UUUGCAACAUUAGAGGAGCGUUUUGGCAUUUUCGCUCCAGCCACCAAGCAGCAGCAGCAGCAGCCCAAGCAUGUUCGGCGGCGAGUUCACCAAGGUCAAGGCCAUCACGAGCCUCCGGCCGGCCGACCACAUCGCGGUGUGGGACCUCAGCCGGUGGCCCAUCAAGUACCAGCACCAUGGCAUCGUCUGGGCGGCCGGCGACUCGGAGGACACGGUGCAGAUCUGCCACGUAUGGAGCCCGCUCGUGGGCUACCGCGAGGCGCAAGCCGACUCGUGCUUCCGCAUCUCGACGCUGCGCGAGUUCCUCUACAACCGGUCGCUCGCGAGCCUCCGCGUUGUCGAGUACCACACGAGCAGCCUCCGCGAGCUCCUCUCCAAGUGGGGCGAAGUCCAUUACACCCGCGCGGACCUGCCCGAGGUCAUCCUCGCGCGCUGCAAGUUCCUCAUGGGCCUCGGCAAAGGCGAAUUCAACAUCUUCAAACAGAAUUGCGAGCACGCGGCCCAUUGGUGCAUGACGGGCGAGCAAUGGUGCAAGCAGAACCUCACGCGCGCCAAGGGCCGCGUGCCCUUUGAGCACAUGGUGUCGCCCGAGCAAGUGACCGCGCUCGAUGACGAGAUUGACGCGAUCAAGACGAUCUCCAAGAGCGUCGUUGACAAGACCCUUUCGCUCAACGGCCAGUCGGUCCACCUCCGCGUCCUCGGCGCGACCGAGUCGUUUUUAACCAUCUUGCCGAAUGGAUACCUUGGCGUCACCGAGACGCGCGGUGACGCGUCGGCCUUCACCGUCAGCACGUCCUCCAAGGUCUACAACUCGAUGAAGGUGAGCUUUCAAGUCGGCGGCAAGCACAUGUACAGCCGCAGCACGAUCUCGUGCUACCGCCAGAUCCACAUGAAGAAGUACAACUUUUGGCGCGGCCGGCCUGGCAUGACGUGGGAACUCUCGUCGAACGGGUACAUGAAGAGCAUGAACCAGCACCGCCGGUACAUUGGCCUGCGCACCGACAACAUCUUGGUCGAUGUGAGCAUGCGCGGCGACGCCACGCGCUUUGAGCUCGUGCCGCUCGACGGUUCGCAGGCGGCGCCGUACGAUGCACAGAUCCGCAAGCUGCCAUCGACCAAGGCGUUUGAGCUCGCGGUGCACAAGUCGAUGCGCAACCUCGAGGCGCGCCGGAGCGGCCACAAGCCCGAAGGCGGCGAGGCCAGCAUCGACGAAGGCGACGAGAAAGAUGAGAACGACGAAGCGGCCACGUACAAGGCGUUUCCGAGUCCCCGGGCCGCCAGUAGCCCCAAAGCCGCGCUCGGCCACAAGAUCUCCAUGUAAGAAUGCCUCUGCCGCUGUCAUUGGGAAUCAGCGCGAGGACCAACCAGAGAAAUUCAACCCGAUGCAUGUCGACGCGACAAUUUGCACACUCUAAACUAACCUGCUUUACCAACC